GGCGCCGGCUAACGCAUCGGGCUGCCCGGGCUGCGGCGCCAACGCUUCCGACGGCCCGGUCCCCGUGCCGCGGCUGGUGGACGCCUGGCUGGUGCCGCUCUUCUUCGCCGCGCUGAUGCUGCUCGGCCUGGCAGGGAACUCGCUGGUCAUCUACGUCGUCUGCCGCCACAAACAGAUGCGGACCGUGACCAAUUUCUACAUCGCCAACCUGGCGGCCACCGACGUGAUAUUCUUGCUGUGCUGCGUGCCCCUCACCGCCCUGCUCUAUCCGCUGCCCGCCUGGCUCCUGGGGGACUUCAUGUGCGAGUUCGUCAACUACAUUCAGCAGGUCUCCGUCCAGGCCACGUGCGCCACGCUGACUGCCAUGAGCGUGGACCGCUGGUACGUGACAGUGUUCCCGCUGCGCGCCCUGCACCGCCGCACGCCCCGCCUGGCGCUGGCAGUCUCAGCAUCUGGGUGGGUGGGUUCGGCGGUCGUGUCGGCGCCAGUGCUCGCCCUGCACAGCCUCUCGCCGGGGCCGCGCACCUACUGCAGCGAGGCCUUCCCCAGCCGCGCCCUGGAGCGCGCCUUCGCGCCCGCCAACCUGCUGGCACUCUACCUGCUGCCGCUGCCCGCCACCUGCGCCUGCUACGGCGCCACGCUGCGCCACCUGGGCCGGGCCGCAGUGGGCCCGGCGCCCGCCGACGGCGUCCUGCAGGGGCAGCUGCUGGCGGAGCGCGCGGGCGCGGUGCGGGCCAAGGUCUCGAGGCUAGUGGCCGCGGUGGUUCUGCUGUUCGUCGCCUGCUGGUGCCCCAUCCAGCUGUUCCUGGUGCUGCAGGCGCUGGGCCCGGCGGAUGCCUGCCACCCGCGCAGUUACUCCGCCUACGCGCUCAAGAUCUGGGCACACUGCAUGUCCUACAGUAACUCGGCGCUGAAUCCGCUGCUCUAUGCGUUUCUGGGCUCCCACUUCCGCCAGGCCUUCCGCCGCGUCUGCUCCUGCGCCCCCCGGUGCCCUCGGCGCCCCUGCCGCUCCGGACCCUCGGACCCCGCCCCCCCCCACGCCGAGCUGCACCCCCUGGCGGCCCACCCGGCACCACCCGGCACCCUGAAGCCAGGCAGCAGUGGGCUGGGGGCUCGCAGGCUGUGUGUCCUGGAGCAAGAAGCAGCCCCCUCUAAGUCGACCUGUGGGAAUUAA